GUGGAAAGUGCCAAACUACGGGUAGGACUUGAAGGUUUUUGCUUGUGUCCGCGCGUUGUUAUGAUCCCUUCGAGACUGCUAAAGAGGUUCUCCCGUCACACACACAAUACCCGCUGCCUUUUGUCUGUGGCUGGCUGGAUUGCGCCACUUUUGUUUGCAUUACCUCUUUAGGCGUGCAGCGCGCUCGAUCAGGAAAUAACAAUUACGAUGGUCUCGUGGCGGCCGGAAACGAGAUUGGAAUGGGCCUUUUUUGGCACUACUGCGGUGCAAGCCCUUACGAAUAUUACUAUACAGAUGGUUAUACUCGUCGUCUAUCUUAACUGGGUCAACUCAGUGGUAUACCAAGUGCCACUUUCCUAUGUCACGCCCUUGACGCUCGCUGUCAAUUCUUUGGGAUGUCUCUUCCAACUCAUAUUAACGCUCGAUGCAUAUCGGAUCAAGAACCACAUCCAGAUCUUCGCGCAAUGUGUUGCCAACAUAUGCUUGUCAAUCUCGACUGUUCUUCAAUACGGCGAAAUCCGACAUGCAGCUGAUAGGAUCCUUCUUAAUCACGAUAUGUAUGGCACACCCUUUGCAGAUCAUGAUUGGCCUUUCUGGAAGAAGGUCUCGAUCGGCUUAAUGGUUUGUCUAGUUGUCACAUGCGUUUGCAGUGCCAUUAUGUGCGGAUUAGCCAGGGGACUAUACCGUGAGUUUUCCUGGGCUUUGUACCAACACGUCAGUCCUGACAGGAAGAUACAAACAAAAUACAUGAUUUAUCAGAUCUACCUUGUUCUUCUCAAGAUCACACCUUACUUCGUCUUUGCAUUCAUAUUCAUUUACGACUUCAUCGACGUCCAUUACAAAGAGCCCGAGUUCUCGUUGACUCUCUCAAUCCUUCCGGCUACUCUUAUACACGUGGCUAUCGCAGUCUAUUUUGUAAGGCAUGAGCGCCGGAUUGGGAUGGGGUUUGCUUUGCUCCUUCAUGCCGCAACAAUUGCAUAUCUGAUUAGCAGACUGCUCGUUCUUUACGGGCAUACACUACUUUCUAAAACUUUGAUGAAGGAUGAGAUGGUAUUCUACUCUUGCGUUGCGCUGGGCUUCUCGACUCUUGCGCUCAUUGUAGGAACUGUUUGCUUGUUCAACUUCAAGAAAGGACUGAGACCGAUUCUGUUAGGCCAGGUGCAGCGCAAACCGCGAGCACAUGAGCUAGAAGACGAUUACUAUGUUCAACGUCUAAAUUACAACGUGGUGCCGUUGGCUGAUCGCGAUUCGCAGAGGUGGGCCUUGGACUGAGGAGUAACGUGUUUCAUGCCAAUGAAAGCAAGAUGCUUUUCUUGUAUAAAUUUAAUGACGGGGAUCAUAACGAGCCGGUUCAGGCUACAUAAACAUUGUAAUUUACUAGCGCUGCCUAAGCCUUUUCUUGCACUUCAAUCUCAACUUCCGGCACGC